ACAAAAUGUCGGUCGCCAGUGCCUUCCAAUCGAGCAAAAUUGUUCCAGAUGUCAUCCCUACCCCACCCAGCAAAACCAUAGAGCUCACAUACCCAAGCGGUGUCGUAGCUCAGCAGGGAAAUGAACUCACCCCCACUCAAGUGAAGAACCAACCUAACGUCUCAUUCGAAGCAGACUCCAAUUCAUAUUAUACCCUCAUUUUCACCGAUCCAGACAAUUACGAUGGUCCAGAGAAGGUCUACCGUGAAUGGCACCACUGGCUUGUAGUGAACAUUCCAGGCAGCGAUGUAUCUAAGGGCGAAGUCUUAUCCGGAUACAUCGGUUCCGGCCCGCCAGAGGGUACUGGCAUCCAUCGCUACGUGUACAUACUUUACAAGCAGCCUGGAAAACUAAGCUUUGAUGAAACGAGGCUGACUAACACGUCGAUCGACGGUCGUGCUGCUUUCUCCACUCAAAAAUUCGCCGAGAAGUAUAACUUAGGAGCUCCAGUCGCUGGGAACUUCUACCGAGCACAGUUUGACGACUACGUACCUCUCUUGUACAAGAGCUUGGGCGUUUAAUAAAUUCUAUUCACAAA